GCCUUUGGGAAGUAUAAGCUGGAGCUGGAGGAAGAUAGAGCAAGUAGCUCUGUGUCUAUGACUUCGUUGCCCAGUUAGGAGACAUGUACUCUCCACCAAGGAAAGACUUUGUCUCUUUGACUGUGGGAGAGCAGCACAGCCGAAACUACAACAACGGCAAACACAGGAGACAGUCUUGCUGGCGGAAAUGGAAACAGUUGUCGCGGAUGCAGCGCAGUUUGAUCCUAUUCCUGUUAGCCUUUCUGCUCAUCUGUGGGAUAUUCUCCUACCCUAGUCUUACUGAGCAAUGGAGAGGUGUCUCUGACAGGUCAGUAGAGGAUGACUGGGCUGAAAUUGACAACAGAGGUCUCAGGCCAGUCCCGCCAGGGGUAGUCCCAAAGGUCGUGUCUGGGGUCAUUAAGGAUGCGAUGCCGGAGGUCGUGCCUGAGCCACAGAGGCCAAAUAUUCCCAUUCUUCCCAAACCACCGGCGAUGAAACCCAUUCUGAACAAGAGGGGUCCUCCAACUAUGCAGAAGCGAGGGAACGUGUCAGACUGGCAGGUGAAAGAAAGAGAAGAACCAGUGGUCAAGAGAGAAGAGGAUGAAGAGGAAAAAGGAGAGAAAACCCUCAUCAGUUGGAGAGGAGCUGUGAUUGAACCUGAGCAGGCCACUGAGUUGCCCCCCUCUGCUCGAGAGAGGGAGGUAGCUGUACCCGCUGAUCCUGCGGGUGUUGCCCCCUUAGCACCAGUUUCAGAUAGCACAGUGGACCGUCUGGAGGCAGUUCGAGAAGCUUUCCGUCAUGCAUGGAAAGGCUAUAAGCAGUUUGCUUGGGGUCAUGAUGAGCUUAAGCCCAUUUCCAAGUCCUACAGUGAGUGGUUUGGCCUGGGCUUGACCCUCGUAGAUGCUCUAGACACUAUGUGGAUCCUGGGCCUGAAAGAAGAGUUUGAGGAGGCCAGGAAAUGGGUUGAGACCGACUUGUCGUUUAAUAAGAACGUGGAUGUGAACCUGUUUGAAACCACCAUCCGUAUUCUGGGAGGUCUGCUAAGCACGUACCAUUUGACUGGAGAUUCUCUGUUCCUGGACAAAGCAAAAGACAUCGGCUCCAGAUUAAUGCCUGCCUUCAACACUCCAUCAAAAAUCCCGUUUUCUGAUGUGAACAUCGGCAAAGGCAUAGCCCAUUCCCCACGCUGGACCACUGACAGCACGGUUGCUGAGGUGACCAGCAUUCAACUGGAGUUCAGAGAACUGGCCCGCCUCACCCAAGACCCGCAGUACCGGAAAGCUGUGGAGGAGGUGACAAGACAAGUGCACAGGCUGGAAGGCAAACACGACGGCCUGGUGCCCAUGUUCAUCAACACCAACAGUGGCAAAUUCACCCACCGUGGAGUGUUCACCCUUGGGGCUCGUGCAGAUAGCUACUAUGAAUACCUCCUUAAACAGUGGCUUCAGGGAGGGAAGAAGGAGACCGAACUGCUGGAGGACUACCUUCAGGCUGUAGAGGGUAUAAAGAAGAACCUCUUGAAAAAGACAUCUCCCAGUGAGUUAACAUUUGUGGGAGAGCUAUCUCACGGCCGACUCAACCCAAAGAUGGAUCAUUUAGUCUGCUUUUUGCCGGGUACGCUUGCACUGGGUGCCCACAGUGGUUUACCUGCAGAUCAUAUGGACCUGGCUGUGCUGCUGAUGGAGACGUGCCAUCAGAUGUAUGCCCAGAUGGAGACAGGCUUGAGCCCUGAGAUUGCCCACUUCAACCUCCAGCCACGGAACGGCCGCGACGUUGACGUCAAGCCUGCAGACAGACACAACCUACUGAGACCAGAGACGGUGGAGAGUCUUUUUUACAUGUACAGAUACACUAAGGAUAAGAAAUACAGAGACUGGGGCUGGAACAUUCUGCAGAGCUUUAACAAAUACACCAGAGUCCCCAGUGGUGGCUACACUUCCAUUGGAAACGUGCGUGACCCCAUGAACCCUGGACCAAGGGAUAAAAUGGAAAGUUUUUUCUUGGGAGAGACUCUGAAGUACCUGUUUCUGCUUUUCUCAAACGACACAGAAUUGAUCAGUCUGGAUAAGUACGUGUUGAACACAGAAGCCCACCCCUUACCCAUCUGGCCUUCUACAUCCUGAGGGCACAGGGGAAGGCAAGCAUUACUAUGUUCACAGGAGCUGAUCCGUACAGAAACUGUCUUAUAAUUGCUCUGCU